GCUUAGGGAAGGGGUCGGGGGUCCCGGCCUCCGCUGGACCCCUCCUGCUGACAACCCCCCUGGCCGUUUCCACGGCAACAGGAGCGGACCCCCCUCUUCCCCCCAUCCCCCCAUCACCACCACCUGCCUUGCCCUCCAUGAGCCCCCCGACCCACUGAGGCCCGCGCCCCGGGGGGGGCAUGGCUUCUCCGUGAGCCAGACAUGUCCGUGUCGGCCGGCGACGCCCCCGAGGCCCCACUGCCCGGCGAUGGCGACCCGCAGCACGGGCCGCCCCCCUCCAGCCCCUCCUCCCCGCGGCCGAUAAAGGAGGAGGGGGCCGAGCCCUGGCAGGGAGCGGGGGGCCCGGACUUUGACUUCCAAGGCACCGACGGGGAGGGCUCGGCCUGUAGCGUCGUGGAGGAGCCGGAACGGAAGCGAAAGAAGGGCCCGGCCCCGAAGAUGCUGGGCCACGAGCUCUGUAGCGUGUGCGGAGACAAGGCCUCCGGCUUCCACUACAACGUGCUGAGCUGCGAAGGGUGUAAGGGCUUUUUCCGCCGCAGCGUCAUCAAAGGGGCCGCCGGGCGCUACACCUGCAAGGGGGGCGGAGCCUGCCAGAUGGACACCUACAUGAGGCGCAAGUGCCAGGAGUGCCGCCUGCGCAAGUGCCACCAAGCCGGCAUGCGGGAGCAUUGUGUGCUGUCCGAGGAGCAGAUCCGGAAGAAGAAAAUCCAGAAGCAGCAGCAGCAGCAGCCGUCACUUAGCGGGGCCUCGCGGGGUGCGGCCGAGGGCGGGGGCUCCCCGGGAGCCGGAGCCGGGCCCGAGGCUGGGGGCGAGGCGGGGUCGCGGCUGCUGGCCGCGGCUCCCGGGGGCGUCCAGCUAACCCCGGCGCAGGAGACCAUGAUCCAGCAGCUUGUGGCCGCCCAGCUACAGUGCAACAAGCGCUCGUUCUCCGACCAGCCCAAAGUCACGCCUUGGCCUCUGGGGGCCGACCCCCAGAGCCGGGAAGCGCGCCAGCAGCGGUUCGCCCACUUCACCGAGCUCGCCAUCAUCUCCGUCCAGGAGAUCGUUGACUUCGCCAAGCAGGUCCCGGGCUUCCUGCAGCUGUCGCGGGAGGACCAGAUCGUCCUGCUCAAGGCCUCCACUAUCGAGAUCAUGCUGCUGGAGACGGCACGACGCUACAACCACGAGACAGAGUGUAUCACGUUCCUCAAAGAUUUUACCUAUAGCAAAGAUGACUUCCACCGAGCCGGCCUCCAGGUGGAAUUCAUCAACCCCAUCUUCGAGUUCUCGCGGGCGAUGCGGCGCCUGGGCCUGGACGACGCCGAGUACGCGCUCCUCAUCGCCAUUAACAUUUUCUCCGCCGACCGGCCCAACGUGCAGGAGCCAGCCCGCGUGGAGGCCCUGCAGACCCCCUACGUGGAGGCCCUGCUGUCCUACACGCGCAUCAAGCACCCCCAGGACCAGCUGCGCUUCCCCCGGAUGCUGAUGAAGCUGGUCAGUUUGCGGACACUCAGCUCCGUCCACUCGGAGCAGGUCUUUGCACUGCGCCUGCAGGACAAGAAGCUGCCGCCGCUGCUGUCCGAGAUCUGGGACGUUCACGAGUAACUAACUACCUGCCACGGGGCUCCGAACUGAACAGCCGGGCCCUCCUGAGCUCGCUUCCGCCCUUCUCUCCACGUCUUCCCAGGGGGUUGGUGACCUC